CAGAAACAUGUCCGGGAGGAUCACGGUGCUGGCCGCUGUGGCGUGGUUGGCGGCGACGUCGGAGGCCUGUCGCCACCUCGCCGUGUACCAGGCCACUCUGGUCACCGCCUGGACGCCUGGCAGGUUUCCCAAGCAGUACCCGCACUGGCGGCCGCCUGCACAGUGGUCCCAGCUGGUUGGGCUGAGCCACAACAGCAGCGUGCGCCUCUGGCAGUUGGGUCACAUGGCGACGGAGGGCGUGCGCCAAUUCGCGGAGUCUGGCCGCGUGGGCCGCCUCACCGGCCGCAUGGUCCAGGGGGACCGGGGCGUCUUGGACUUCUUCCACGCUCCGGCCGUCCCCAAGGGCAGCGGCACUUCCCAGGCCACCUUCUUCGUGGACCCGCGCCACCGCCGAGUGUCCACCAUGUCUAGGCUCGUGCCCAGCCCCGAUUGGUUCGUGGGCGUGGACAGCCUAGACCUGUGCCUCAAAGGACGGUGGCGGGACAGGGUGACGGUGGACGCCGACCCUCUGGACGCCGGCACAGACCAGGGCUUGACGUUCACGGCACCUCGCUGGGCGUCGCAGCCGGCCGCCAACAUUUCGCGCAUCUCGUCCCGAUGGCCCACCCACCCGGCGGCCUCCUUCUACUAUCCCGAGCUCGAGCGACUGCCCAGAAUCGGCUACUUCCAGUUUCGGAAGCUGCGCGAGUAUGCCCUCGUCUUGGAGAGAGCCAGGCAGGACGUCGGCGGUGCUACCAGCAGCAACCACAUCCUCGACGAUCAGCCCCACCGGCAGGCCCCCGCCGCCAUCACGACCGUCGAGCCCACAUCUGGUCCAGCGACCCGGGUGGCCUGCCUGGUUUCCGACUGGUCAUCCUGGUCGCCGUGCAGCCAGUCUUGCGGCCUCGGAGAGUCCUGGCGCCAUCGUCAAGUGCUGCAGCAUCCUCGCGGGGGUGCUCGGCCCUGUCCACCAUUGCGCGAGCUGCGCUGGUGUGGUAGUGCUCGGAGCUGCCGAAAGCCCCAGUCCUAUUUUCGAUGGUAGCAGUCUCCGUUACAAGUCCUCGUGAAAAACGUGGUUCUUCUGCUUCGGCGGAUUCUCGGGUGGUCAAAAAGUUGACCACUGUUGACAACAAAUGGAUCGAAUUAACCCUAACCUCUUAACCAGUCCCUUCCUACAUACAUUUGUUCGUAGUGUUUCUCAGGAUGUUCAGGCGUCUUUUGCAACUGCCUCUAGGGUGGUUUCAUUUGAAAUCGAACACGCUUGUCGGAAUGGGUUUUUCGAUUUUUAUUUAAAAAAUAUAUGUGAU